AUGGAAUGCAUAUCUUUCACCUUCAAAGGAAACGAACCUACAGCCUUUUCAGUAGCAAACGCCUGCCUAUUUCUAGCCCUCUACCCCCGGGUCCAACAGAAACUUUACUCCGAAAUUGCUCAAAUCAUCCCGGACAAAUCGUGCAACAUCACCCAGCAAACCCUGCAAGACCUCCCCUACCUCGACAUGGUGCUGAAGGAAACACUCCGACUCUGUCCGACAAUCCCGAACAUUGCACGAGAAACCAUCCGAACCGUGUCCAUCGACGGACGGCGGAUCCCAGCGGGCACCAUGUUCCUGAUCUCGUUCUACGCCCUGCAUCGCCGAGCGGAUUUGUGGGGUGACACCGUAACCGACUUCGAUCCGCAACGAUUCCAUCCAGAUUGCGGUUACCAACGACAUCCCUUUGGAUAUCUACCGUUCAGUGGGGGAGCGAGGAAUUGUAUUGGUUGGCAGUACGCCCAAAUCAGCGUGAAGAUCGCGUUGAUCCGCUUGGUGCGAGAGUUCAAACUUUCAACCGGGCUAAAACGGCGCGACCUGCGGUUCAAGUUUGAUCUAACCUUGAAGUUGGCGUUUGAACAUCUGAUUCAGCUCGAUCGACGCGACUAG